GUGUAGUCUGCUGUUGACAAUCAAAAUUUAAACAACGAAAAUAGCCGCUUUUUAAAUGAACACUUUAUGAAUUAAUAAUCAGACGUAAACAACAUAAUAAAAAUAAAAAAAUAGGUCUAGACUUGUUUCUUUACUUUUCUCAAAAGAUGAAGUGCUCCACCAGUUAACAUUGUUUUUUUUUAAUAACAGAGAGAAAUCCGGCCAAAUCAUCACUGAUCCGCAUAAAGAUGAAUAACAUCAUGAUUGAGGAAACGUUGGAACAAAGACUGUGAUUUAUACCUAUUUUUUUAAAGAGAAAUAGUAGUUUUGCAAAAUAAGUGACAGAUGUGGGAGUUAUAGAAGAUGAAGCUUAUGGACUGUUUAUCUGUGAUAUUAGUUUUAUUAAUUCAAAAUAUACUAACUUCCGAAGCUAUCCAAUGCUACAGAUGCGUCGUAGCGCCUUACGUAUAUUUCUCAAAUGGCACUCUCCUUUGUCAGGAUUUUGAUUAUUCAAAUAGAUUUAUUGUGGAUUGUCCUUAUUCCACUUUCUGUGUGAAAAUCAAUACUUAUGCCACAUUAAAUGACAUUCAAAUCAAUGGCACUGAAAGGGACUGUGCGGCUCAAAAAUUGGACACUCAACAAUUAAAAAACGGCAAAUGGCAUCCUGAAACUUUAGUAAUGGAACCGUACGAUGAAGCCUGCAAACUGAAUCAAGAUAAAGGGCUUAGGACUGCUAUAGUGGAACAUUGUUAUUGUAGAGGCGAAUUGUGUAAUGCCGGAAACAGAGUAAUUUCUAUGAAGCUUUUCUUGAGCGUAAUGGGGACUCUAAUGACGCAUUUAGUUGCGAAAUUUGUAUUGUGAUUGUUCUAUUCAAAUAUUCCCAGUGAUUUUGUGAUUAUAUACCUACUUUAUCAAAUCUAUUAUUGUAAAUAAGAUAUUUAUACAUAUGGAAAUGUAAAUAUGUAUUUUAGUUAAAUGAAUGUGCCAUAUUUCUUCUAUUUAAUUUUUUUACUUCGUUCACUGCCUUAGAUCUGUGAAUAAAAUUAUUACUGCUGCAGUAUCUAUUAUUUGUGGUAA